CCCAUGUAAUAAACUAACAAUACCAAAAUCUGCCUAACCACUGCAAAAUUCCAUCAAUUAUUUGAAACAAAUGGCAACAAACAGCCUGGCAACCGCCGCCUGCACAUUCGCGGUGGCGCCCGCCGCCGCCGCCGCCGCCCCGACCCCCAAGCCGGCCAUGCUAUUCUUCUCCACCAAAGGGAAGAGGAAUUUCAGGCAGCUGGUCGUCCGGGCCGGCGAGGAUGAACCCGAGGCACCCGCGGCCGAGUCGGCGGCGCCGGCAGCUGCUGCUGCCGCCGCCACCGCCGAGCCUGCAGCACCCAAGCCGCCGCCGGUCGGCCCUCCCAGAGGGAGCAAGGUAAGAAUUCUGAGAAGGGAAUCCUACUGGUACAAGGGUGUGGGCUCAGUUGUGACUGUUGACCAGGACCCAAGGACAAGAUACCCAGUGGUGGUGAGGUUCGACAAAGUGAACUAUGCAAAUGUAUCAACAAACAACUAUGCAUUGGAUGAAGUGGAGCUGGUGGCAUGAGAGAGAUAGAAAGUUAGAGAGAGAGAGAAACACAAUGUUCACUUCUACUGCUAUUAUCUCUACCCAUCAUCAUCAUCGUCCAUUUGUGUUUCAGUGUUUGGUGAUCCCUACAGCUUCUCUUGUGUAUUGUGCAUUGCCCUAUGAAUCUCUAUUUGUGCUGUGCUGUGCUUACA